UCUAGGUAAAGACUGAUCUCCAAAAUAAUAUCUCAGCAUCCAGUAACCAUGGUUAACAGAUCACAACCAUUUAAUACCAAUGUAUCUCCCUUAGCACCUCACCAUGGGGAAGGACAUAUUCAUAUGCCUUCACCAGCACCUGCAUUAAACAUGCAGAGAGUUACACAAGUUCUUACCACCUUGGGGCACCAUUCAGGGUGCCUUUUCAUCUGAUUAAAUUUAUAAUGAACAGCGACAUUGCGGUUGUCCCAAGUGGAUGGUAUGAUGAUAGGAUGGUUUUCUGGCCCAGCUAUAAAAACACCGACAGAAUUGAAAGGGCAGCUUUAAAUGAGGAGCAGCAUGAGCCAAACUGGCCAAGAUUUGACGUUUCUGUUGUCCGAACUUGUGACAACUACAAAGACGCAUUAAAAAUAAUGCAACAAUAUGGAAAGGGCUGCAACACCUCAGACCUGCAAUCUGAGGCAGAGAACGAGGAGCUGCCAGAAAAAAGGAACAGGAAGCCAGUCCAUCGUCUCGGGGACUCAGAUGAUAGCGAAGAAGACCCGGGAAAUAGUGACCUCACAUCUCUGGGGUUGGCAAGCCAAUUGCACAGGCAGACUCCACCGUCUCGCCGAGUGCCAGCAAGAGUCAUGAGUACUUGUCAACUCGACUCCUCAACUGGAGAUAACUUUCUAGCACCUCACCAUGGGGAAGGACGCAUUCAUAUGCCUUCACCAGCACCUGCAUUAAACAUGCAGAGAGUUACACAAGGAACGGCAGUCCCUCCUCGACUCCCUCCACCCCCCUCACCAGCAGCCCUCAACAUGUGGCAGACCGAGGAGCCUGGAUCCAGCCUGGCCUACAGGCCAACAUGGCGAGGGGGAAGAAUGGCCGACAACAUUUCCUGCUCUGCGCCUGAGGUAAUCCACAUCCUUAGCCUGCUGGAAACUAUUAAGCACAACCAAGACCAGCUGAUUGCGAAGGUGCUGUGAGUAAAAAUGUGUUGACAAGGUCAGCCACGGACGCUGAGGUCACCAAACACGCCAUCAGGUGGUUCAACUUGGCGGGGGAUCGGGCAACGAGGAGACGAGUC